AUGACUCAACGAUAUAUCUCGAAUAACUUGCCUCCCCAGAAACUCGGUUCGGAUCCCAAAGAGCUCUUCACAUAUGCUCUUGAACUCGUCGUACGGCAUACGCCGCCUCGUGAGGUCUACCACGAACGCCACCUUGGCGGUCUCUUCAUGGGAUACACUGGUCUUGCUCACCUGUUCCUUCAACUGUCCGAACUAUACCCAGAUCUGAAAAUCUCUGGCCAAGACUUGCUGUCUUGGGCGAAACGCUACCUGGAAGGAGACCGUGGAAAGUUGGUCCUAGAGAAGGGCAACUGCGGCAUAUCGUCCGAGAAACUAUCAUUCGAAGCAGUAAGAGCGUGCAUAACCAAGGAGGAUGAUCACUUAAUAACCUUCCUGAGCAAUAUACCAAUACUUCUUGGUCCCUAUACGAGCCCCCAGGAAGAUACUUUUCCAUCAGAGAUACCCUAUGGGCGGGCCGGUGCAUUAUACAUGUUGCGUAUGGUGAAACACUGGGUUCCCAGGAGUAAGAGUCUCGUUGAAUCUCCGAUCAAGAGACUCACAGAGCGUAUUAUGGCCACCGAUGACGACGGCAGGGGUAAUUGGGAGUGGCAUGGGAAGAGGUACUUUGGAGCAGCUCAUGGUGACAUAGGUAUCAUCACACAGCUCGUUCUUUCAAACCCAUCACUCGCCCCACAACUUGCACGACGCGUGGAAAAGCUUCUCGAGCUUCAGGGUCCUGACGGGAAUUGGCCGUCGAGCCUGCGGAGCCUCAAGGAGGGCAAAGGCGCAAGUCUCAUUCAGUGGUGCCAUGGUGCCCCUGGUUUCUUGUAUUCGCUGACGUCCCUGCGCCCGUAUUUCCCUGACUUGCAAGAUCGUAUCGACUCAGCCAUCGAGAAAGGUCAGAGCAUAACCUGGAAGCAUGGUCUUCUCACCAAGGAGCCGUGCUUGUGCCAUGGAAUUUUUGGAAACGCAUUAGUGCUUCCCCGUGGACCUAAUCGACAACACUUCCUUGCACUGGCCACCGCUGAUGCAGUGGAGAAAGUGCGCCGACACGAUCCAAAGUUAUUCGAAUCUGCAUCUUAUGGCCACAAAGCCGCAGUCCUCAUGAACUAUCUGCCGAGUGCCGCGUGGACAUGGGCUGUUUGCGAACAUGAGCAUCCCCGGCUUAUCAUGUACAAUGAUGUGUAG